CCGUGGGCCGGUGCGCGGCGCCGCGGCUCCCUUUCCCCGGAUUCCCCCCCAGCUCGGCCGUGCUGGUCGACGGCAGGCUUGAUGGAGGAUAAGAGGGCGGCGGAGGAGAGGAAGAGGAGGAGGAGGAGGAGGAGGACCUCAGACGGUUAAAGCUUCAUUCAUUCAGAGCGGAGACAGCAGCCGCAGCCGGAGGAGAGGAUGAUGAAAACGGCUAUGAUGCAUUCGCCCAAGCCACACCUGACCCUGCCGGAAAAGGAUACAAAAAGAUCACAGAUAACCCAGGGACCCAGAGCAGCAGAGCAGGAGGAGAGAAGAAGUCUGUGUCUUAGCGCUGGCUGGUGAAAAUGGUCCUGUGGGUCGCCUUGCUGAUGUCUCACUGUUGUUUGGGUCUGAUUGGAGCUGCAGCAGACAGCACGGGAUUGGAGAGGAUAGAGAAAUGCGGCACCCGUUGUUCUCAGGGCCUUCAGUGCAAGACCAAGCCCAACAAUUGGUUUCCUCCUCCGUGUCAGAACCCCGCCGAAGGUCUGAACCGUUCCUCUGUGUUCCGUGACAUCAACAUCUCCACCGUCAUGCGUUGUGAGGGGAGGCAGAAGUGCUCGCUGCACCUCCGAAUCAAGACCGCAUUCAAACUUACUGAGUCCAUCCAUGGUUUGUCCAUCUGCACCGUCACCGCGGGGAUGAUGGCCAGCUGCCGAAUUUUCAGCUUCAGAAGAGAGUUGCGACACCGACUCUCUGGGCUGCAGGUGGAAGUUGAGAAUGAUUGCACUGACGUUUCUCCAAGCCAACGCGUGCAAGUAACAGUGAAAACUGUGCCGAGCUACUGCGGGGUAACCUGGACAGGCACUUAUGACGCUCCAGAAUGCAUCAGUGAAGAUUUGCGCAGACAUGUCCCAGAAUGCAUCACUGGGAGGAUAUCAUAUGAUGUGAACCCACAGAGGAAGGAGCUGAGUGUCAGUGUGUCAGAAACGUUGGAAGAUAAAGACUACCACCUCCGCCUUUGCCACAAGGAUUUCAUCUGCGGUGGCACAGGGGCCUACACACUGAUAAAGAAGGGGGAACAUGUAAAGAGAGCCACCCUCCCUUACUCCCGACCUCUGCCCUGCCUCUGCAUCGAGGGAUGGUCAGCUGUGACGGAUGCCUCGAGAGUCCAGGUCUGCCCGUUCAAACACCGUCUCGAGGAGCUGUGGCUUGGAAUUAACUUUGACCCGCUCGAGGAGACGCUCUCGUGGGAGCCCGUCUGUCCCGUGACUGCCGUGGUUGCGUUGUGUCAGAAAAGAGGGGACGGCGUCUGUGUGGAUCUGCCUCACGCCUCACAGAAUGUUAGCAGAGAAAAGAUUACAUUUACUAAAGUGGAUCCACACCCUGAUCUGUGCAUGAAGUUCACUGCGGGCCAUCAGUCCUGGACCAGGUGCCCCUUUGCUGAUGCCAGAUUCCAAGCAUGGGAGGUGGUUGUGACCAGACUAAAGGGUCAGGAAGACGUGAAGAUGUUGUCACAGAUCACUGCAACCUUUUCUUUGGGGCUGUGUGCAAAGUCUGACGGCUUGACUGUGUGCCGGAUCACCGACACGCACACCAUGCACGUGGAGAAACAUAAAGCUGUUGGCCUGAACCUGGCAGGGGAACAAUGCAACUCAUGUUUCCAGGUGAAGAGGCUCGAUGUGAAGUUUGCUGCCACGGUCAUUCACUGUCUUGAGCAAUGCAAUCAAACCGGGCCCGACAGACCUGUCGUCUCCAGCCGAGCCUCUUGGGACUUGACUUGCGUCAUUUUACCUGCUGCCGUCUGCCUCUCUGGCAUCAUCAUCUUCACUUUGGCCCUCCACGUACUGUUAACCGUGUAUCAGAGGAGGAAACAAAAAAUAAAUAGAGGCUGCAUCUCUGAGAAGAAAACAGACCCUGCUUCUGACUGUGUCGUCCCUGUAUUUCAAACACAACCUGCUCUCCAUGGAGUGUUCCUCAUUCCCGAUUCACCACAGUAUGGGAACACUGAGAAGGCCAACUUAAUCUCUGACUGACCAAAGAACGGUGCUCCGGUCAAAGGCGUUACUUGUAAUGUGCAGCAUAAAUCUGUAAAGUUGUUACACAGACCAAAUGAGUCCUCUGUUGAAUGCAGCGUACAAUGUUGGGAGAGAUAUUUCAAAUGUUAUGUAUGUUACUGUUUUUUUUUGCUGGUUAUACUUGUUAUAGUUAAUGGCUGUUGUUAUUCUGUUAGGUGUUAUCUGUUUGGGUGAAAGUUAACGUGUAUAUUUCUUUUAAGUUAAAAUAUUCAUUCAGCUUGCAGCUAAAUGGUCCGUUCUCGUCCUUAUUUAAAUUUAUAUUUUCAAUAAAAAAAAUGCAAAAUAUGAAAGAAAACCUGCUCAAUCUAUUUUUCUCAUAAUGAACUUGUGGCCAUAAUGUCCACACGUCUUAUUGUCCUUGUAUCGGAAGCAAA